AUGGGACAGCAAGCUGACGGAUUUGCAGGCGGCGAGAAGCAGAGAGGCAUCAUCACCUUCGGCAUUACCCCCAACCGUCAGAACCCCUUUGCCGGCGCUGCCCACGACGCCGUCUUCAACACCUGGCGCCGCACCAGCGCCCAGAUCCUCUACGUCGUCCCUCCUCUGCUUGCCGGCUGGUACAUCAUGGACUGGGCCAUCCACCGCAACCACUACCUGAACUCCAAGCAGGGCCGCGCCGAGUUCGCCGAUGAGGAGUAA